UGGAGAUAGCCAGACUAACCACAGAUCCGCCGCGAGGCGCAACGGGAAAAGACGUGGAAAAGCCCGCACAUACUCCAAAAGGAUUUUCCAGGAAAGACUGCUGCAGUAGAAGGCCAAGGCACCAUGGGAGGGAAGCUGAGCAAAAAGAAGAAGGGAUACAAUGUAAAUGAUGAGAAGGCAAAAGAGAAGGACCCCAAAACAGAGGGAGCCUCAGCAGAGGAGAAUGACGCACCUAAAGACAACAAGGAGGAAGCGCCGGCUGCCAAGGAAACCACUGAGACAGCCAAUGAUACUGCAGUAGCCACCAAAGAAGCUAUGCCUGUUGCUGAUAACAAUGCAACUGUGGCAAAGGAAGAGGAGAAGAGUGAUGCCCCAGUGGCAAAGGAAGAGAAAUCAGGAUCUGGCACCAAAGUGGAACCUGCCAAGAGUCCAGAGGCCCCAUCCAUCAAGGCAGAAGAAAAACCUGCCUCUGCUCCAGCUCCAGCCGCUGAGAAAGAACCAGCAAAAGAUACCGCCCCAGCUUCUAAAGAGCCUGCACCAGCAAAGGAUUCUGCCUCUGCAACGGAGACCAAGGCAGACGUUGAGGCUAAAAAGACUGAAGCUCCAUCUACUAAAGGCACUGCUUCUGUGGAGCCUGUAACCACGGAAACCAGCCCUGCCCCGAGUAAGGAGCAGACAGUUGCUGUGCAGGAUUAAUGGACAGAGGCAAAUAACAGUAAAGAGAUACGUAAAUAAUGAAAAGCAAACAGAAAACCCAGAACAAAUUAAAAUUUUAUAAUAACCAACAUAAUAAUAUUGUUGACAAGAUUUUUAACAUCCCAGUCAUUUAAACUGAUGGUACCCAUGGAAGAUGUUAAAAAAUGUUUAAGCCUAUUUUACACAAGAGCCAGGAUGCUGGCCAUUUGGAACUGAGUACAUUUCACUCCAGUUAUUCUGUGUAGCCUACAUCCAGCUGCACUGCAUUGAUCAGGCACAUGUCAAUUGCAAAUUUGUGUUUUUUAUCUGAAAACACAACAAAAUUCUGUCAUCUUGCUAUACUGUGCAGCCUAGGACCAUAAUUAAAACAGUUUAAUAGUUAAUAGUUUGUUUUAACUUGCAUAACUUGCAUAAUAUAUAAUUAUAACACCAUCAGGAUCAUCGCUACAAAUUAAAUCUAGAGUCUGCUGAGCAGCUGGUAGUGUGGGGCACCUGGAAACCUGGGUCCAACACUCGACUUUAGUCUGCAUUGAAUUUUUUACUUGUUUCUCCCAUGUCUGUGUAGGUUUACUCCAGGUACUCUGGUUUCCAUCCUCCCUCCAAAAACUCCUCAUUACAAGUUAAUUAAGUGGCAUUUGGCUGGCACAGUGAUCUAGCCCAUGCUGCAAUCUAGCCCACUGCACUAGCCCACCACUGAGAUACUGAACAGGCCCAAUUGGCUGUGCCGAACAGAAGGCUGGUUAUAUUAGAUUGCAUUGCCGCUGUUGUUUGGCUUUCUUUGUGCAGUAUGGAUUUCUGUAAGACUUUAUCUGCCACUGCCAGGUAAAAUGAUGUAAAGGUUGUGCAUGAUAGUCUUAUCUUUCCUUAGAUAGUACAAGCGACAAGAGACUAGCAACAGGGGAAUUGGCAAUGAUCAAAUUGGGUAAGAUUAGAGGAAAAUUGCAAAAAAUGGAUUGGGAGCAUCAAAUUACCACUAGGCGUCAUUAAGAGAGUGGAAAUUUGGCUGUUGCCAUCUAAUAGACUGGCAUUUUGUUCUGGGUGUAUUCUCACUUUACAGACUAUAUUAACUUAAUAAUUGCAGAAAAAACACAAUUUGCAAACAUAUUUUAACUGUCAACAUCUGGUCACACCUGGUGUGAAUUACAAACAAAGCUAAACUUGGUACCGUUCAUGAUGUUACUUUUAGUGUAAAAUGGGCUUUAGAGUGAAGAUAAUUAGGAAUUGUCACUCUUAGAUGGACUAAAAUGUAUCUUUGCUUGUUGCUGGAAUGGUACCCCUUUAGGGGACAUAUUUUGGACCUUUUCCAAUGUAGUCAUUUUUAAUUCCUUAUGCAAUUACUCUGCUGCUUACAACACACCUUCACUGCAUAAGAGGAGAUGCUAAUAAUAUACUUUUUCAGCUCAAAAUGUACAAAGCAGAAGUACAAAAUAUGUACCCAUAGGGUACCACCAUAGUGACAGACAAAAAAAAGUACAUCUUAGUUUGCAUGUUUUGGAAAUUGGUAAGAUAAUAUAACAAGGUUAUAAUGAUAAUUUUUGGGGGUUAAUUGUCUCUGAGCAGCUUUCUGCGAUCAACCUAUUACAGAUAACAGUUGUUUACUGCUACUGAUUUCUUGUCAGAGUGAUUGUUACUUAUACUUGCCAAAUACCUGAAUCCUCCCCAAACUCAUAUUCUUUUAUGUCUCCCUCUCUAUUGUGAUCCCUCUCUCUCUCUGUCAACCAUUGAUGGUGGAAUUAAAUGAAAGUGUAAAACUGAUUCUUUGAA